GUAUAAAAACCCUAGGUCGCCUCGCCAGACGAAACCCUAGCUGUGCCGAAGAUCCCAAAGGUCUCUGAUCAAGCUUCGGUCUUUGAAGAACCAGAAGCCUAACAGUCAUGACGUUCAAGCGCAGAAACGGCGGCCGCAACAAGCACGGCCGUGGACAUGUCAAGUUCAUCCGCUGCUCAAACUGCGGAAAAUGCUGCCCAAAGGACAAGGCAAUCAAGAGGUUUUUGGUGAGGAACAUCGUGGAGCAAGCUGCAGUGAGGGAUGUUCAGGAGGCCUGCGUCUAUGACACUUAUACUCUUCCCAAGCUGUAUGCAAAGAUGCAGUACUGUGUGUCUUGUGCAAUUCACUCCCAUGUUGUGAGGGUUCGUUCUCGCACUGAUAGGAGGAAGCGUGACCCACCACAGCGCUUCAGACGCCGGGAUGAUAUGCCAAAGCCUGGUCAAGCCCCUCGUCCUGCUGGAGGUGCUCCUGUUCGCACCUGAUAAAAUGAAGUUGAUUUCCUCUGUCAUUCUGCUUUCAAACAGUUACCUGAAAUUUUCAGAACUUUUGAGGCCUUUUGUUUUUGUUUUUCUUGGUUUGGGAGAUUUUGAUUAUGAUGGAAGGUUUAACUUUUGCUGUUUAAUGCUUUUGAGUAUUAAUGUAGUAUCAGGAAAAUGAAAAUUGAGACACGAGAAUGAAUUUCAUUUUUUUAACUACCUUUGAAUCAAAUCCUAUAAUUUUGAGUUGAA